UUUUUAUUACUUUUUGCCGCGAAAACGCCUCCCGGAGUUCUAGCGAGCGACCGAGUCGUUCUGCGAGAGGUUUCUCUCUCUACGGCUGCAGAGGCAGAGAAUCAGCAUGUCUGGUUUUGAUGAUCCUGGCAUUUUCUACAGCGAUAGCUUUGGUGGAGACCCGAUUGCAGAUGAAGGGCAAGUUCGAAAGUCUCAGCUGCAGAAACGCUUCAAAGAGUUUUUAAGGCAGUAUCGCAUUGGAACAGACCGGACUGGCUUCUCUUUCAAAUACAGAGAUGAGCUCAAACGUCAUUAUAAUGUUGGACAAUAUUGGAUUGAGGUGGAGAUAGAAGAUUUGGCAAGCUUUGAUGAAGAUCUGGCAAACUAUAUAUACAAGCAGCCUGUGGAGCAUCUUCAGCUGCUGGAAGAAGCUGCAAAAGAGGUAGCUGAUGAAGUAACACGUCCUCGGCCAAUAGGAGAAGAGACUCUUCAGGAUAUUCAAGUUAUGCUCAGAUCAGAUGCCAAUCCAUCCAACAUCCGAAAUCUCAAGUCUGAACAGAUGUCACAUUUGGUGAAGAUCCCAGGAAUCAUUAUUGCUGCAACUCCUGUGAGAGCCAAAGCAACCAAGAUCACCAUCCAAUGCCGCACUUGCCGGAAUAUAAUACCUAACAUAGCUUUACGUCCAGGCCUGGAAGGAUAUGCUCUUCCUCGGAAGUGCAGCACGGAACAGACUAAUCUAGCAAAAUGUCCUUUGGACCCAUAUUUCAUUGUUCCAGACAAAUGUAAAUGUGUGGAUUUCCAGACAUUGAAGCUUCAAGAGUCUCCUGAUGCUGUUCCUCAUGGAGAGUUGCCUCGGCACAUGCAGCUCUAUUGUGACAGAUAUCUUUGUGACAAAGUUGUCCCUGGGAACAGAGCUACCAUCAUAGGUGUUUACUCAAUCAAAAAAGCCGGCCUCACAAAGAUCAAGAGCCGGAACAAUGUUGGAGUUGGCAUCCGGAGCUCCUACAUCCGUGUGGUAGGAAUCCAAGUAGACACCGAAGGCUCAGGGCGCAGUGUCAGUGGCUCCAUGACACCUCAGGAAGAGGAGGAGUUUCAGCAUUUGGCUUCCAUGCCCAAUAUUUAUGAUAUGAUUGCCAAAAGCAUUGCUCCUUCCAUCUAUGGUAGUAAUGAUAUCAAGAAGGCAAUUGCAUGCAUGCUUUUUGGAGGCUCUCGAAAAAGACUUCCAGAUGGGUUAACACGUAGAGGGGAUAUUAAUUUGCUCAUGAUGGGAGACCCCGGAACUGCCAAGUCUCAGCUCUUAAAGUUUGUAGAAAGAUGUUCACCCAUAGGAGUCUAUACUUCAGGGAAAGGCAGCAGUGCAGCUGGCUUGACUGCUUCAGUGAUCAGAGAUGCAGCUACACGGAGCUUCUUUGUAGAAGGUGGAGCCAUGGUCUUGGCUGAUGGAGGAGUGGUUUGCAUUGACGAGUUUGACAAGAUGCGUGAAGAUGAUAGAGUGGCCAUCCAUGAAGCUAUGGAGCAGCAGACCAUCUCCAUUGCCAAGGCUGGUAUCACCACUACCCUAAAUUCACGCUGCUCUGUGUUAGCAGCUGCAAACUCUGUGUUUGGACGCUGGGAUGAAACUAAAGGAGACGAAAACAUAGACUUCAUGCCCACCAUUCUGUCCCGAUUUGAUAUGAUCUUCAUUGUCAAAGAUGAGCACAAUGAGGAAAGAGACAUGACCCUGGCCAAGCAUGUGAUGUCACUACAUGUAAGUGCCUUAACCCAGACACAGGCAGUGGAGGGUGAGAUUGAGCUGCAUAAACUGAAAAAGCUGAUUGCCUACUGCAGAGCGAAAUGUGGUCCUCGCCUCUCUGCAGAAGCUGCAGAGAAAUUGAAGAACCGCUAUAUCCUUAUGCGCAGUGGUGCCCGCGAACAUGAAAGAGAAAGCGACCGUCGCUCCAACAUUCCCAUUACAGUAAGGCAGCUGGAGGCCAUUGUGCGAAUAGCAGAAUCCCUCAGUAAGAUGAAGCUCCAACCUUUUGCUACUGAGGCAGACAUUGAAGAAGCCCUGCGACUCUUCCAGGUGUCUACACUUGAUGCGGCUUUGUCAGGCAACCUCUCAGGAGUAGAAGGCUUCACUACUCAGGAAGACCAAGAGAUGCUGUCUCGCAUUGAGAAGCAGCUCAAGCGUCGCUUUGCCAUUGGCUCCCAAGUAUCUGAACACAGCAUCAUCCAGGAUUUUGUGAAGCAAAAAUAUCCUGAGCAUGCCAUCUACAGGGUGCUGCAGCUUAUGAUGCGUCGUGGUGAGAUCCAGCAUCGCAUGCAACGCAAAGUUCUUUAUCGCAUUAAGUAAAAUACUGUACAUCUCCUGGAAUGUUAAAAGAGAUUCAUUCUCCAUGUAAUUGGAACUAAAUUUUCGCUACUGUUUUCUUACAUUUAAUAUCUCCAACACAUCUUUCAGCGCAUAGAAAAAUAAUCUGGAGUAUUGCCCUAUACAGGGAGGUCAGGAUGGAGACUGCAUAAUAAUAGCUCUUGCUUUUAUUCGUUGCAAUUUUCCUGUUAAAGUGUCACCUUGAUAUUUUGUUACAAUAUUAAAACCUUUUUUUAUCUACACUAAAACUUAAUAAGUAACAUGUCUGUAACAAAUAGAAAGUGUUCUGUUAAGGGUGUGAGGUAAGAUAAAGCUGUUAAGCAGUACAGAACUAAUUUUCUCUAAUGUGUUUCUCCCUCUGAUGAAAGCCUCAUUGCUUGGUGUAAUAAAAUUACAUUGUGAUCUCUUGUGACUGCCAUUGAGGUCAGCGUUAGAGAACCAGGGAAAACAACAUACAGAAAACAAAGAUCUCUCCCUUGAGAAGUUAAGAGUUCCAAGGCAUGUUUACACAACCUGACUUUUGUACUUAGGUGGUGAUACUUCAAUAGCAGUUAGCUGAGCAAGAGUGGAGACCAGGAAAUGUAGAAAGAUCAGUCACCGAAAGAAGUUACUUCCACCAUUAUUCUUUGAAUGUGUUAGUUAAGAACCUUUCCUCAAGAGUCUCAAGAGUAUAGCUGUAUUUUUUUUCUUCCUUUGGCCUUUCGAAGUGCAAGCAGGAUUCCUUGUGGUAAAACAGUGACCAUGCAUAAUCCCACCAUGUAAUGAAAAUGUCCCCCUUUUAGUUAUGACCCAAAAAACCCCAGCCUGGUUCCUUUUAAUUUGACUUUAUUACAUGCUAAAUCAUACACACAAGAGUGCAUAAAGCAAUAAAUACUUCAUUGGAGAAAUUGCAUAAACAUUUUAUACUGUUUGCUAAUAUUUAACAAUGAAAUAACUAAAGCAGCAGCACUGCAUUCUAAAAAUAAAAUAACAAACCAGUGCAAAGACAGUGGACACAACUGUUUGAAGGCUUGAUGAUGCCUUAAAAUUGUUUGUACCAACAGUUUUCUCUAAUAGAAGCAAACUAUUUCUGCCUGAAACCCCGUAGGAAGGUUUGCAGCUAGGAAAUAACCAUUUCACUCAUGAAUGAGACACUCGACAAAGCCACAUAUUUUCUCUUGUUUUUGAACUAACACACCCAGCUGUCACAGCUUGUAAAUCUUGCUUUACAGUUUAGUGUUAUGCAUAUUAGAACUGUGCAAAGCCAGUGUAAGAGCACUUCAGAAUCUCUGGAGUACAUACCAAGUAUCUUUUUCAUUCAAGCAGCCUCAACUUUCCAGCUUGGACUCUUGGACACUAUUUUGGAAAGUUCACAUACAAUAAACUUCCAAAGCCGUUGUCCCAAGGGUGGAACAAAGAUACAGAUGAUUAAUAGUUCAAAAUGGAGACCUUUGUGCGUACUCCCAGGUGUUCCAAAGCACAUAUUUUAAAGACUUACUCAGAUUUAGUCUGUGAAUCAAAUCAUAGUCGCUUAAUCAAAAGUAUGUGUUAAAACCGUGGUGUAUCUCAAUGGAUUUUACCCUGUCUUUUGAAUUCUGUGCAUCACUACCAGAAACUGCCCUCUGUUUGGGGUUUUGUCUUUGUUUUGCUUGCAAAUUAUUAGUGCUCCAAUAAUGGUUCACCUGUUUUUGCAGGAUGGGCAACAUGGCUUCCAUAUGGAAAUUCAGAGGUGAACCUUUAUUUCCCCCUCUUGUGCUUGUAUUUUCUUGAAGUUCAAUGCUCGUAUUAUACACAUGUCGUUUUCACAGGUUGAUGCUGUACAGUAUAUAUAUUUUAAAAGUUAUGUAGGAAUGCUGUUUGGUGGGAUAAUAGCCAGAAAGGUGGUUUUCUCUAGUUUUGACCUGCUGGCCUUUUGCUGUGUUGCUUUAAAACCUUUCUCUAAUUUAAGCAGCCAGUAGAGGGUGCUAGAAAUCCAAAAUCUGCUGGCUUCAUAAACAAAGUGAAGGUUCAUUACUUUACCAUAAUAAAGGAAAGAAUAACUGGCUGAUGAAGA